CCAGAAAGAUCUUCAAACGGCGUGACGUCAUCCUUUGCCGACGACCAGCAAGCGAGACGACGCGAGUGAGGACUGAGAGGGCCCUAUGAAGCGGAAGCACCAGCUCCUCUCUGAUACUUUCAAGGCCAAGAAGCGACGGCAGGCUCUCGGAUCCGAGUCUUCAGGGCAGGAGGGCCCUGCAGCAGUCGAAGCGGCUCUUCAGAAAUUGGUAUCCCUCUUCCCUCGGAAGGUAUUUGAAGAUUCCCUGCCGCCUUUAAUUUUGAAGCAUCAGAUCUACAGUCUUGUCAAAGAUCGUACGGUUGUGGACAGGUAUCUGAGCCAGCUGAAAAAUGAAGGCCGGAUCCGAAUGUUUCAGCACAGCUUUGAAGCGGAUUUCUUUGUGGUGGCCUUUAUGGACAGCUACAUAGCUAAGGUGCAGGAGUUUAUAACGGGGAAGGAGUUUGCCAGGACAGUGAAGAAGUUUUUAGAUUCGGUCCUUACCGCCUGCCCUGACAUCAGUUUUGACAAGAAGAGGAUGUUGAGAGACUUUGGCUUUAGUGACACAGAAAUCACGCAGCUGGUGAAUGCUGGGGUCUUGACUGUUCGCGAUGCAGGGAGCUGGUGGCUGGCCGUGCCUGGAGCAGGCCGCUUCAUCAAAUGCUUCAUCAAAGGAAGGAAAGCUAUCUUGGGUAUGAUCCAGAAGUCCAAAUACAAGGAAGUGCUACUGUCCGAUUUGCAGAGUCGUCAAGCACCAAGUGCUGUGAAACUGGGCCUUCCCUAUCAUAUUCACGAUAUCAUUGGAGCCCAGCUGGUUGACUGUGUGCUGACAACGUCCGGGACUCUCCUGCGACUAGCAGAUGAUUAAAAACAUUCCGUUUCGCCAUCAAGCAGAGAAUUGUGCCCAAAAUAAGACUAAAUAGACCAAAAUCUGCCUUGGUUUUUCUCACCUUGGGACUGAGGGUCUUUUGCCUGAGAAACUAGCAUUCAUGGGACCAGAAGAAACUUUUGCCUAGCAAAGUAACCUUAAUUAAUCUAGAAAUUGCAUUUAAUAUAGGAGCUCCUUGUAGGGAACCAUCUUGGAUGGAUCUGGAAUACCCAAAUUAAUGGUCCCCUGGAUGGGGCUGAGCUGAGAGUAAAAUAAAAUGACGCAGUCUUUGUCCAUGAAUUGCAGAGGCUGAAGUAAGCUGAAAAUACUCAUAGCUAGAUAUGCUCCCUAGUCCAUGGGUGGGGAACUUUGGCUCUUUUAUGACUCGUGGACUUCAAGUCCCAGAAUUCCUGAGCCAGCCAUGCUGAGGGGACAGGGAGAGGUUUCCAAGCUGAGCCAUGCUGGCUCAGGAAUUCUGGGAGUUGAAGUCCAUGAGUCAUAAAAGAGCCAAGGUUGCCUACCCCUGCACUAGUAAAUUAGUGCAUUCCUUGAGCACAAUGUCAAGUAUUUAUUCUGUAUACCUUGAGAAUUGCAUUAAGUAUGAAUUUGUUACUUGUUGCAAAAAAAAAAAAUAAAGAAAUUUGGAAAGUGUCUUUCAAUGGAAUUAAAACCCCAAA